CUGUUCCGUUCGCAUGGCGUCACAACACCAAUACCACAAACCCUCUCGAGCUCCGUCCUGCACUGUCGCGCCGUGACAUAACAUGUUGCGAGUCUUUCGACAGCUUUCUGGGAGAUAGAAAAUGCCCAGCAUGAAAGCCUGCACCCUGUGGUUUUUCCUGCUCUUGCAGGUCGUCUUCGCUUUGGGUACCGAUACGCAGCAGGUGCUUUCAAAUGGAGAUGGAAUCGAGGGUGGGAGGAACAAGGACGAGCCGCCGCCGGCACAGUUCCAGCCUGAAACGGCCGUAGGAGAACACCACCGGCCCGAUCCCAAACAGCCCGGUGCCGACUUGGUUGACGCGGCCCUUUACGAACUUCGCAACGUUCCGAUCCACGCCCUUAAGAAACCGCGACGACCCCGAUCCGUUUUCGAUGCCGCGUUCGAGUUCAUUCUGACGGCCCUACCGACCUUCACCAUCAGUGCUCCCCCGGCCGAGAACAAACAGUCGAUUCGCGGACCGUUGUCCGAGGCAGUCUGUCUGCUCGAGCAGGCCGCGUUGCAAAACAACUCGGAUGCCCUUCACAUCCUCGCCGACAUGAACUUCUAUGGGAAAUAUUCCCACCCGAAGGAUUUGAAGGUCGCCUUUGAUCACUACAAGACCCUUGCCAGUCACCAUGGGAACUCGACGGCGCAGUACAUGGUGGGUGUGUUCUAUGCAACGGGACUCGGGAACGUCGUGGCCCCCGACCAGGCCAGGGCCAUGAUCUACUACACCUUCGCCGCGCUCCAGGGGGAUACCAGGGCGCAGAUGGCCAUCGGGUACCGGCACCACAGCGGUAUCGCGACGGCAAAGAAUUGCGAGCAGGCGACCAAGUAUUACAAGCAGGUGGCGGACCAGGCCAUCCAGUGGUACCGCUUGGGACCGCCGGGCGGGAUGGCCUGGGUCUCCGAGGCCUAUCGCAUUGCCGACGACGCCGGUGGCGUUUACGGCGAAGGCGCCAGUGCUGCUAGUGCUGGCAUGAACGCCAUACGAGCGGCGCCGAACUCCGAUGCCAACGCUGCUAUCGACGACGUUAUCGAGUACUUGGAUCUCAUGUCCCAGCGGGGAGACGUCAAGGCGUCCUUCAAUCUGGGGAGAAUUUACUACGAAGGCCAGAGGGGUAUGAAGAGGAACCUUGACCUGGCGCGGAAAUACUUCUUCAUGGUAGCCAAGCGCUACUGGAAGAAAGAUGGACGGGUCAUCGAGAACCACAAGCCAGGGAUCGAGAAAGUCGCCGGUCGUGCCGCCGGCUACAUCGGACGGAUGUACUUGCGCGGCGACGGCGUCGAGCAGAGCCUGGAGCAAGCACACCGGUGGUUUACCCGCGGCAUCUCUCAUGGGGAUCCCCAGUCUCAAUAUGGCAUGGGCCUCAUGAAGCUGCACGGCUAUGGGAAAGCACCCAAAAACAUCCGGAUGGCCAUGGACCUCUUCAAGGCGGCCGCCGAGCAAGAUUAUGGACCGGCACAGGUCGAGAUGGGUGUCCUCUACCUAGACCAGGGCGGUCCCGAGGACGUUCGGAUUGCUAGCAAUUAUUUCGAACUGGCCGCCCGGUACAAUCUGAUCGAGGCCAACUACUACCUCGCCGAGAUGAGCUAUCACGGCGUCGGCAGGGACAAGACCUGCUCCAUAGCGUUGAACUACUACAAGAGCGUGGCCGAGAAGGCGGAGCCGCUCGUGUCUACCUGGGCUGAGGCCAACCAAGCCUAUGAAGCAGGCGACAUUGAGCUCGCCUUCCUCGAGUACGUCUUGACGGCGGAGCAGGGAUACGAACGGGCUCAGAACAACGUCGCUUACCUCCUGGAUCCUUUAAAGUCGAGACUCAAGCUACCCGAGUUCCUGCAGCUGGGGACCGAGGCCGACCGCCCCAGCAUGCUGGUGAACCCGACCUUGGCGCUCAUGUACUGGACUCGUUCGUCCCGGCAGUCCAACGUCGACUCGCAGGUCAAGAUGGGAGACUACUACUACUACGGAAUAGGCACCGAGGCCGAUGUGAACAAGGCCAUCCAGUGCUAUACCGCUGCCUCGGACUACUCGCAAAGUGCCCAAGCGCUGUGGAACCUGGGCUGGAUGCAUGAGAACGGAAUUGGCCUUACGCAGGACUAUCACUUGGCGAAGAGGUUCUAUGACCAGGCGCUGGCGAUUAACGAGGAGGCAUAUCUGCCCGUGACCCUGAGUUUGCUCAGGCUACGCUUGAAGAGUGCGUGGAAUACCUUCACACACGGACCCAUCCACUCCAUCCAAGAUGAUCCGAAACCGAAGAAAGACUGGUCCUUAAGUGAGUGGAUCGCCAACUUCAUGAAAGAUACAGCCAGCUACUACGAUGACGACUACUACGAGGACAUAUACGACGAAAACACCAUUCCCGGCGGCGAUAGCGACAUCCUUGGCGACGACGACCUGACUGAGGGUCUCAUCAUCGUUUUUCUGGCACUCUGCCUCGUUCUGCUCCUUUACUACCGACAGCAGAUCCAGCAGCGGCGGCGGCGAGCGGAGGAGACGAGACGUCAGCAGCAGCAGCAGCAGCAGGCACAUGGACAACAGGGACCCGCACCCACGGCACCGGCCCAUCAGCCACCGCAACAGCAGCAACAACAACAGCAGGAAAACCAGGGCUUUUUUGCCGCUCGCGAUGACCCCGGGUUUAAUAACUGGCUGGCGGGCGGGUUUGGCCAUUAAGGAGAAGGAGACCGACAGUUCCGCAUGUGACCCGUCUCGGGGUACUAGCAGGUGCCAUCUUUUGUUUUAUGUACAUAGGCUAUCCCGUAUGGCAGAGAGUGUGUGUCUAAGUGAAAUCAUACCAGGAAUGAGAUUAUGACAACGGACAAAGCGAGGCAGCAACAAUAAAGGAGGAGGUUAUGUAGAGACCUUCAUCGUCUAGUGAGGGCCCCCUGUGAAAAAGGGGGAACAAGAAAAAGGGACACUGCGAGAAUGGACAAGGAGGAAAAAGACCGCAUGAAGCGCAGGCGUUAGGAUGUGACCACAUGUAUCUAUCUUACACUGGCUGGGCCG